CAUGCUCCCAUCGUCAUCGCUCACAAGCUGGCCACAUCCCACCAGUCCAAUACCUUAUCACCUCGGCCACUUUACCUACCAUGCUAUGAACACUACCAGUCGCAUCAACUCUCUCACUCUGCUUCUUCUUCUCUUUUCAACGCGAUGAUCUCCUCGGGCUUCACAAACGCGCCCGUGACACAAUUCCUCGUCUUCGGCACCGUCAUUGGCGCGCUACUGGCUACGAUUACGGAUUCGAGAUAUUAUUUGCAUAUUCAGGUCGUGCCGCAUAUUUGGCAGUAUGGGCAGUUUUGGAGGUUUGCGGUUUGGCAGCUGAGCUUCACAAAUUCGACUGAAGUUCUCUUCGCAGUAUUGACGUUUUACCAACUGCGUGUCGUGGAAAGAUUAUGGGGGAGUAGGAAAUUCGCUUCCUUUCUCCUCUCAACUCUCCCCUACACGACCCUUCUUCCUCCUCUCCUUCUAACCUUCGUCCUCCGCCCGUUGACUUUCGGCGCAAUAAACUACCUCCCCGCUGGUCCUACACCCAUCCUCUUCGCUCUCCUCGCAAACUACUACGCUGCGAUUCCAUAUACAUACCGGUAUAAGAUCUCGCCGUGGUCCGCGCCUACACCAUCAUCAUCAUCAACACAGUCGAAUACCCAGUCCCUCUCAGCGCUCUGGUCACGCAGUCUAACGCUGACAUCCAAGUCACUAUCCUACCUCCCUCCCCUCCAACUUGCGCUCAGCCAAUUUCCGGGCAGCUUGGUUGCGGCAGCUGUAGGGUGGGGCGUGGGCACGGCGUAUCGGAGGGAUGUGCUACCUGGAGCAAGCCGCUGGAGAGUUCCGGGGUGGAUGGUUGGUGAGGAGAAGAAAGGGGGUUUCGAGGGGCUGAGGGCGAGGCUAGAUGCUGAGAGGGAGAGGGAAGGUGGUGGAGCGGGGUUGGCGACGGGGAUUCUGGCGGAAGACGGGCAGGCGAGGCAGAGGAGGACGUUGGGAGAUAUGGUUGCUGAGCAGUUUAGAGGGGAUAGACGGGCGUAGAUGGGUGACACAAAGAUGUAUGGUUCGUAUAAAGGGUGUUGUAUACUAACAGCUUGGAAUACAUGUUAGCUUCACUUAUCAUUGUGGGAGCUUUUAGUUCAGGGAGAUGUGAUGGUAUUAAGUGAUGUCGACGUAUUCGACU